AUGUCGGCCUCAACGCUUCCGACAUAUUUCGAACACAGCUGGGCCAUCCUCAGCAGCAUCGGCAUAGCGAAUGUAUUGUUCGGCCUGACGGUCAUCGGCAUCACCAAUCUAUCGCAAAUAUCGCUUCAUCCGGUCAUUGUUUCGGCGGCGGGCGCGAUUGCGAACGGGCUGUGUUACUAUGCUUUCUAUGCCGAUUACUCUAGGACGCCGACUGCGGUAGCGUCCGCAUUUGCAGACAUGACAUGGCUGGUCCAAGAAGUCGGCUUGACGUUCUACAGCUACCUCAUCCUCAUCCGUGUACUACAAGAUCGCCACCGCAUCAUCUUUAUGUCUCUUUUCUGGGUGUUUGUCGUCGCCGCAACAGUUGUGAGGUGUUUCAUUGCAGCCACAAGAGUGAAGUCCAUCCUAGACCCGUCCCUGAGCCUCCAAUCGACCAUCGAUCACCUUCAUAUCGGAUACUUCUCCCUAAUAGCAGUCAUUGAAUGUCUAAGUUCCUUCUUCCUCCUUCGGAAAUUUGCCCAGGCGCAUAGAGCGUCGCAGGAUGUGUUUUCCAAAUCGGGAUUGUUCAGCUAUCUGUUAAGAAGCACGGAGAUUCGUCUGGCCACAUUGGCGCUGAUUGGGGUAUCGCGGGCGAUUACAUAUUCGUCACAGUCGGCGGCGCAGAGUGCAACCUCUGUUGCUAGCCAGAUUGACCGGUUUGUAUACACAAUGGAAACAAUGUUUCCCGUAAUGCUAUUGUAA